AUGUCCUUAACCAAAAUUGGUCUUAACUUAAGCACAAAAUUCGGCGUGCGUAAUGGUUCUUAUCUACACGUUGGGACUAGGGUACGUGGUUUGAAAAGAGACCCAGUUGAGUCUUUGAAGAAUCCACACGGUUUGCACUAUGAUUCUCUUGUCAAGGAUGGCCAUGUAUCUACUGUUAAGCAAGGUUUGAAUUUGGAAAAAUAUGGUAUUGACUUGCCAGACGACAUCAUUACACAAUGUUUGACUCACAAGUCGUUUGCCCAAGGUAUUAAACCAUACAAUCAGAAAUUGUCUAUUAUCGGUGGUCAUUUUGUGAAAUAUCAAGCUUGUCUUCAUUCCUUGGGUCUACCUGUUUCUGAAAGGCAACUAUCACAAAGCGUACAGUCUGAACCUGUUAUUAACGGACUAAAUUUCGGUAUGCUUGGGAAGGGAAGUUCUAAAAUGUUAAUAUCCAAACAGAGUACGGCUGAAUUUUUGCAAAGGAGAAACCUAGAUAAAUUAGUGUUUUGGAACAAACGAGACACUCAAAAAAGUCACAAAUAUAACGGUGAGUAUACCGUGCUACAAACUGUGCUAAAUUCUGUGGUCGGCAGUGUCUAUCUAUUGCACGGUCAAGACAAGGCCACCGAAUACGUGUUGCAUGAACUAUUCAGCGACAAUAGUGAUUCCCUAACGAAGAUAUCUGAAAGUUUGUUAGCAAACAGGGAUACGACCGAGAAGUUAUAA